CGAUACCUCAGACUCACGUAAGCAGAGCUGAGAGUUCAGUAAGUGAAUUCAUGCCAGGUUGGUAGUGGGUUUAUUAUACAGCUGACAAUGAUGUUAUAUUUUAUUUAUAGUCAGUGUGUACAUCUGUACAUAUUUUUUGUAUUGAGUGUGACAUGAAUUAAAAUCACUGCUAUAUUGUAGCCAGAACUUUUGUUAGACCAAAACAUAGAAAUACCAAUGUAGCACAAUUUUAAAGGUUUCACGUAACCAUAUAUAGGAUGUUACCUGACCUUGACCUAGGGUUAAGACUUUGACCUAAUGUUAAUUUAAAAAUGGAAUUUUUUCAUGGAAACAUUUUUAUUGUUUUAAAUUCUUAGUAAUAAUUUUAAAUUGCAACAUCCAAUUGAGUCAUAUUAUAGUAAUUUGUGUUGAUAUAGUUGUUUUAGCAUGUAUAUGUAAAUGUACAUAUGAAUGAUUAUACUGUAAAUGUAAAAGCAGUAAUUGUUUCUCUGUAUACAGAAUUCAUUAUUUACUUAAGUAAGAUGAUACACCAUUUAGAGCUGAUUAAGUCACAUCAAAGUUUGCACAAUGUCAUUUAAAAUACGUUCAAAACCAGACAACAUGGUGUCAGAUUAAAUGUAUUGUAUGAAUUAUAAUUGGAUGUUUAUUAGCAAUAAAAUAACAGUGGUCAGGUUUAGUUGUUGCAACAGUUGAUACUUUGUGCAUUGUCUUCUAAGUCUGUACUAGACAGUGCAGCACCAUUUAAGACUUCAGUCAGAGCAUUCCUAUUCAGACCUGUCUCACAUCAUCUCAUCUGGAAAACAUUGUUUUUUGUUUACCUACAUGGUCAGCUGGAGAUAUCAACACAGAUUUGGUGAAUUAAAGUGUCCAGGCGCCACUCUGAUGGUGGUUCUUUCCAUAAAGAAAACUUGCUGUGUUGUCUUAUCUAUGCUAAUGCCAUUUAAAACUCAACCAGAGGAAAAACAUGUGUACAGUACUUCGAACAAUUAUCCAAUGACCGUUGAUUGUUAUUGAAGUAAGGCAUCAAAAUAAGUUGGGUUUAAUUUUUGUUUUAAAAAAAAAUCAAUUAAAGAGACUUGCCAUCUCUAUGCAAUCAUUAAACUUCAAUGGUUUGGCACAAAAAAGACAUUGAUUUGGUGGAGCUGGCAGAGCAGCUAGCUGGUAUUGCUGAGGAUUAACUUCCUGCUGCUGUUUUGAAAGGAACAAGGGAGAAUUGAUUGAUUAAUAUGCACGUAAUUCUAUUCGAAUGUUUGUUCUAGUCGAUGGAGGAUAGGGUAGAAGGAGGACACGUACAAGAAUCUGAACAUCGUAGGCCAUGCCGUACUGAAGACUGGAUUCAUCAUACCUGUAUAUACCUUCUACUAGUUAACAGUCCAAAACAAGGCCAGAGAAAAUGAUUUUUCAAGAAGUUAAGUGGAUUCAAUGGGGAGAGACAACAUAAAUGCAUAUAGAUGGUUAUGUGCUCUGAUCACAAACAACAGAAAUGACUUCGUCUGUGUUCUUGGAGAGGAAUCUGGGUGAUCUCCCUGUGUUUGACCGGGGAAGGAGGGGGAGUCACUCCUUGAGACCCAGGGACAAGGACCAGCAGAAUGAUACAUUCUUAGUAAGCGUCUCCCCCAGGAAACCAAUGGGGGUCCCCGAGGCUCGGGGUGCACCCCACCCCUCCGUGCGUCAGGUGGUCAGGAGGAGGCUGAACUUUCUGGACAGUGAGGAGGAAUUCCAGCCCACACCAGGGUUCGACUUCACCGACAAAAUGGCAGCGUUCCGACAACUUCUAAAGAAAGACUCUGCACGGGAUGCUGAGAGAAACAAAAAGAACUUUGAGGAUAGGUAUGUGAGUAAGUUAGGAAGGAGUAGAAGUAAGGAUGGUAAAGAUGAGGAGAAGGAAGUCCGAGAUGGAUUGCCGCGAUCUCGCGAGGCUAGGAGGCUGCUCAGUAGGUUGGCGGAUGAAAAACUUGCAAGUAUGUCCUAUAGGAAUUACAGGGCCCAACUUCAUCUUGAAAGUGUGACUAAUUCUAACAGCAAACAGGAGAAAAUGGACGUUGAUCAAAAACCAAGAAAAAGUGAAAGUAAAAGUGAUGAUUAUCUAAACAAAUUUUUAUCAGAAAAAAUAAGUUCUAGAUCAUCAAGUAAACAAGCUAGACACCAAAAUGAUGCAGACCUUGAUAAAAUCCCUCAAAAAGAAUUUUCUACUCCUCAGCAAACUAACAAUAAUAAAAUCCCUUUAUGUCCACAAAACCCUUUGCAGGAACCAGGGCUAUUGUUGAAUGACACAAUGGGUUCUUCCAGUACACUCAAUCGCAAAAGUGGGAAGGGUUCAAUACAGUCCAACGUCCCUCAUUACCACCCCUCUUAUGUCUCGCCCAAAGACCCUCCAUCAGAGAGCAUCAGAUCUCAGAGUAAGCAGCCGAAUCCCCGGGGCCUGGGCCUGUGUGAAGGUGUGAGAACAGGUGAGGUGGUCAUCACCAAGUCUCGCGCAGGUAAAACCUCACAGUCUAGUGUCCGCGGAACCCCUCAGUCCGCCAGCAAGGAGGAUGGAGGUGUCCUUACCCUCCAGGAUCUAGCAACCUCUCCAAAUAAAUCCAAGAGAAGGAAAACCAGGGACAGACAAAAAUCUGAGGAGAAGAUUCGGAAAAACAUCAGAGAGUUAAAGGAAGAUCUCAACAUCUCUGAUUCCUCAAAGGAGAAUGAUAAAGUAACGUCAAAACCUGUGAGAAAAACGAGCAGGGAGGAGGGUGAGCGCAGGGUUCAAGGGGUCAUGGAGGGGACGGACGAGCCACGAAUGACCGGGGUGGUGGAAAGGGAGGGGCAGCAGGUUCAAACGACCAGGAGAGCUGUGUUUGGUCCCCGCCACCCAGAGACGGACAGUGACCCCAGGAGGGGGGCUGCUGAAGGAGGAUGGAGACCACCAGAGGGCAGUGUGAGCGGGUCUGUCCGGUCCAUCGGGUCCCAGUCCUCCACCAUUAUGGCCGUGGAGCUCCUGAGGAAGCUCUACAACGUCGACCCAACAACCAGACAGGACCUCGUGCUCAAGGCCAAAUGCUUCAGAAGGUGGCUGAAGAACGUGCAGUCUAUGCAGUCAAUAGACGAGAGGAACGGCCAGUCGGGACCAGAAUCGUAUGUAGGGGGUCCCCCACGGGGGCUGAGUGGCUUGCUAGGCUCUGCACUGACUGAGACAGACAGUGAUGACAAUGCUUUGUUGAGAUUCCCGUCAGACAAUCCCCAGACCUAUGACCCUAGUGGUGUAGGCCUCAUUAAGAACACUGCUGAAUAUAAUGGCACAAAUUUUAUGAGAUAUGACACAAACUUUGGUGAACGCCGCACUCUGAAUGAGAAAGUUACCACAAAAGUUGCACCCAUCACCAAGGAAAACCUGGAGCGCCACACACAGAUAGUUCAGAGUAAUGUCCACCCUUUCUCCAACGUUCACCAGAACGAGGGGCCGUCUGCCUUCACAGUCGUAAGACCUCGGCCGGCCAAUCACAAAGAAGGUGACAAUGAAACAGCCCAGACUCCUCGCUCCAUGGUAACAAGGGGGAAUAACACCGGUCAGGUGGUACAGAGCACGGACAGAGUUCUGUACCCUUACACCCAGUACGACUAUCAAAGUCCAGACAUGUACGACAAGAUUUACUCUGAGAGCACAGCACGUGUGGCCUGUGUGUCUGCUUGUAAAGUGAGUGCUGCCAGCAAGUGUGUGACAGAUAGUGCUAGAAUCGCGCGUGGGCUCGGGCGCGCCACCAACCUGGUGCUGCCCUCUGUGUGCGAUAGUUUUUCACAGCUUCUGGACACUGCUAAUUAUGGGGUCUGUCUUCAGAGUGCUGAAAUGUUUCAUCGGCGGAGAGUUCAGAGGAAUUUUUUCUUCAAAUGGAAGAAGACAGCUGCAGAGCAUGUCAUAAUCCGAGCAGCCGACAACCUUCAUCGCCUGCACACGCUGAAGAAAGGCAUGAGUGCCUUUAAGUGGGCCAUCAACCGCUCGAAGAUCAUGGUGGACAUUUACCAGAACAAGCUGAAGGGGGUACUGGUCACAGCGACCUUCUACAAGUGGAGAGAGCGGGCCUCCCAUAGUCGACAGGCGCGGGCCCAGAGAGCCUUCAACAGGUGGCGCCACUUUACACAGGAGUCGCAGAAAAAUAACAUCCAGAAUCAAAAGGUUCGCUACAUGCAAGACUCUAUGGAUCGCAAGCUUCUGGUUCGACUGAUGAACACUUGGAAAGAGAAGUUCCAAAUAAGAGUAAAGGAAAACACAGCCCACAAUCAUUUCAGGAGGAGGGUCCUGACCCACACCCUGACUGCCUGGAGAAUCUACACCCUGGACUCCAAGGAGAGACAGAAGAGGGAUGAGAUAGCCAGAAACCUGUACAAUGAGAGGCUCCAGAGCAAGAUGUUUACCUGUAUGGUGAUCCUGUACAGAAAGGUGCACCUGGCCAAGCUCCAUCACAGGAAUCAGUCCCUCCACAAGCUGUUACAGGAGUGGAAGCAGGCGGCCAUGAUAAGCCGCGAGGAGUACGACCAGAACUUGGCACAGAGCCAGGAACACUACCACAAGAACCAGCUCCGUCACUGCUUCUCCCACUGGCACGACCUACUUCUGACAGAGAGAACAGUCACCGCCGCCAACCACAAACUUGUCAGAAAUGCAUUUGUGAUUUGGAAGACAAGUUGGGAGCAUCAGGUCCAUUACCGAGAGGAGAUCCAUGCUCGCAUCCGUCACAAGAUCCUGUCCACAUCUCUGACGUGCUGGAGAGAUAAUGUGGUGGUCCUUAAGAAGCGCCGUGAGGCUGCUGUGGUGUACCUACAGCGUGUCCUGGUCAGACACAGCCUCCACGGUUGGCGGGACUACACCCAGCACAAAAAGCAACUCAGCUCUAAGAUGGCAUGCCUGAGAACAAUUCAGAGGAGUUUGACAAAUCGCUUGAACAUUAAAAUACAACAGAGAGUUAUGUCCCAUUGGAAACACCAGGUGGAAGACAGGCUCAAUUUACGGCGAGCUCAAACGUUCUGGUCUAACACUUGUGCCAGGAAGUCUGUUGUACAGUGGAAAAAGUUCUGCCACAAGAGGGCGUUACUACGGCUGUUUAACGACACAGAACCAAUCAGAAGACAAAACCUCCUUCAACGAAUGUUCCAGAAGUGGUUGAGCGUGAAGGAUCGCAUUGAGAGUGAGAACCAGGAGGUUGAGCAGACUCGCGGGAUUCUCGAGCGCUCUCAGCUGGAGAGGCACUUCAGUCAUUGGAAGGCCGAGACGUUACUACGGUUACGAGUCAGACCAUUGGUCCAGCAAAGGCAGGCACUGCUGCUCACCGAGUCAUUUAAAGCUUGGCAUUCUUUGGUGCAACAGAAAAAGAAAUGUAGAGAGAACAAUGCAGCCUUCCUCAAAACCAAACUCCAGAAGUCCUGGAAGACUUGGAGGCGACAAUUGAUGUUGCAAGCUGUUGAGAAGGAUGUUAGGAAAAAAGCAAAGACGAGCUUUGUGAGGAAGUGUCUGAGAGGAUGGAAGGAAGUCAUUCAGAGGAAGAAGAUGGCCGAACAGUUCCACAACCAGCAGCUGAUGAAGCAGACGUUCAGCGACUGGCACUACAAGGCCAUCAGACAGAUGAAAGAGAGGCUAGCCACAAAGGAGGAACAGGAAUACAAUAACUUCCUAUUAAAGUCGUAUUUCAACUUAUGGUGGAGUAAUGCCACACAGCAGAGGCGAUAUGAAAAGGACAUUAUAGAAAGAGCUGAGGAGAACCGAAAGACCCAGCGUAUCGACUCCUCCUUCUGCUUCUGGCGCCAUCACCUGAGGGCCACGCUAGUCGCCAGAGAGCACCAGAAGAUGUUACAGCGUAAGCUGAUGGUCCGGGUCGUCACGGAGUGGCGGGGGGUCGCUGACCGCUGUAUGCAGAGAGCGGUCCACGAGUUUGCAGUCAGGAUCGGACUACAGUCCCCCGAGGAUUUCUCCGGAGAGGCGCUCAGUACGUCAGGAGACUCAGAGAGCGCAGACAGGCUGCAGCUUCUGACAGACAUGAUCCUGUCCAGCGAGAACACGAGCGGUAUCCACAGCCCUGUGGCUUCAUCCACCCUGGGGACGCCCAUGAAAAGUAUUUUGGAUCCACCCAGAAAAAAGAGACUUUUCUCCCCUGCUCUGAGUCGAGUCAGCCUUGACCUUGACCGAUCUAUCCCUGAGAUGGACCUCAAACCCACUUUAGCGAAUACGAGCUUCAUUGACGCCAGAUUUGAGAUGGAGCAGGCUGUUAAGACAGAGAGGAUGAAGACUUUAGUGACCACAGCUGUGAAUAGAAUUCAGUUCUGGCCAGUCAGCAUUAUGUUCGAGAGUUGGCGAGACUACACCCUCCACCAGAGGGAGCUGAAUUCCCUGUGUAAACAGGCUGUGGAGGUCGUACAGAGGCUGCGGGUCAAGUCGGCAUUCCGCGCGUGGAGAGAACUGUACCAUAGGGAGACUCAGUGCAGACAGUUUAGGGAGGAAUGCCUGAAAAGACAUGUGUUUGAAGCACUGCAAGAAAACAAGAGAAUCAUGAAGCACAAGAAGCAGUUAUCUGCUCUUGCUCAUGGGUAUCGCUCACUUACCGUGUUCAGAAGGAUAUUCCCUGUCUGGUUUGAGAAGGCUCAGGAGCUCAAACACACUCGUAGUGUGGUCCACAUUUGGAACACGAGAACAGAAGAGGAGCAGGCCUUACUUCCUGUGGAAGAUACCCUCCAUAAUCGCCUCAAGAUGAAGACGCUUCGUAAAUGUCUGGCUGUGUGGCGCCUCAAGUUUCUACAGAUAAACAGACUGAGGCGAACGUAUCACAAAAUUAUACAGCGAAGGUUCUUUGAGGUAUGGAAGGAAUGGGCACAAAGAAAAGCUCAGCUAAGGAGGGACAGCCAGGAGUUUAGUAACCAAAGAAUACAGUCUUGGGCUUUCCAAACCUGGAGAAUCCGCCAGCUACAAAUGACAGUCAUUGAACAAAAGGUCAAGGUCACUCAGGCCCAAAACAUGCGACAGUUGAUACAGAGCUGGCAUUACUGGGCAAAAGAGAACAAGAAGAGGAAGCUGACCAGUCUGAUUGUGACAGAGACCUCGCAGAGGAACCUUGUGUCCCGGACCUUCCUGACCUGGAGGGAGCAGACCGAGAAAUGUCAGCUGAUCGCCAGGCGGUGUCAGCGGAGACUGAUGAUCAGAAUUGUAAGAGAAUGGCAGGAAGUGACCGUCUGGAAGAGAGAGAUGAAGAAGAAAGCUCUGUCUUUCCAAGUCAAGUCCUACACCAGACAGGUGAUAAGACUGUUCAAAGUCUGGCAGUGUCGAUACUUGGAGUGUGUGCAGCAGCACGAGGAGCAUGAAGCAUACAUAAGGAGGCGUGUAGUGGAGUAUGGAAGGCAUUGGAAGAAGCAGGCCCAGAAAGCCAGGGGCAGACAACUGCAGCAGGUGUUCAGAAACAGACAGGUUGCCUCAUGUUUUGCCAAGUGGAAGUACGGCUACGAGAGGAAUGUAGAGAGAGAGAACCAGCUGAACAAGUACAUUGUCCGCAAGAACAGGGCCAUGCUAGGGACGUACCUGGACAACUGGAAGAUAAAACUCCUGUCCAAUAAUGCCUCCCGACACUUCAAUGUCAAACUACUAGGCACCUUCUUCAGUGAAUGGCACACCUUUGCUUCAGAGUCGAAGCAGAGGCGUCAGAGCUGUGCCGUGUAUCAGCGAGCCCUGGAGCAGCGUAACCUCAAGUCCUACUUCAGUUAUUGGUUUAGCCUGACCCAGGUCCAGAACGAUAUCAAGAAGCACUGCCACCUCAAGUUACAGAUCAGGGUGCUACGAGAGUGGCAUAUAUAUGCACGGCGACGUCGCCAACUUGCUACUCUGGGAUCACUUUUAAAGAAACAUGUAGAGACAAAUGUAUUGCGGAGGGCCUGGUACACCAUGAAGGUGCAGGCGGAUUACUGUCAGAAUCUGAGCGAAACUGCUAACAAGGUGCUAAUGGAGAAAAAUAUGAGGUGCGUGCAGCGGGCACUGUCGGUCUGGAGGGAACAGCUGAACCGUAUUGUCGCCGGGCGCUGCUACCACCAUCUCCUGGCCAGGAGGACGGCCAGACAGUGGAAGGGGUUUGUAGAGAGAAAGAAAGAAGAACGAGAAAUUGAGAGACAGAAGAAUGAGAAAGCCAUCACUCACCAUAACAAACAUCUCUGUAAAUUGGCCUUCAGAGCACUUCAUAAUGAGGUCAAGGUCAAACUACAGCUGGAGAGACACAAACUGCGGCUACAAGUGAAGUAUGGCGGGAUCUGGAAGCACCGAGUGGACCUGAUGUAUACUGCCAUCUGUGUGGAGGAGGAGAGACUAACGGAACAGUCGUGGAACAUAUGGAGGAUAGCAUUCGCAAAGAGAAAAGCCGCUAGAAAAGUGGCAGCCUACAACGAGAGGCAGAUUCUCUCACAGGUGUUUUUGGCAUGGAAAGAAGUUUGUUUUGACAGAAUAGACAAAGUGAGGAAAUCUGUCCAGUUUUUCCUGCCCCCCUCAGAACCACCCAUGUUCAAACCGUCCCAGCUACCCACACCUGUCAGCAGGUACCAGGGCAAGGCGUCUAGGAAGUCCUCGGUACUGGCCUGAACAUCUCAGUGUGAACCUCAUGGACAUUGGAGCAAGAGUUGUGUUCUCCUGCUCAAAUAAAGUGCAAGAUGAAUAUUUUAUUGAACCUAUUUUGGACUGUAUGUGUAUGUUUGAUUGGUCUAUUACUGUGUGCUUGUAUUUAAGUAUGAAGAAGACUGCCUCAUGUGUCAACAUUCUAGUCAGUAUAUAUAUAAACUCACCGUGUGUACUUCCUGUGCCACCUUUUAACUCUAGUACAGGGUUCAGCCACAAUUAACUGUGAUAUCAUUGCGUCUCUGUGUGCCAAACAUUUUAAGCAUGUCCCUGUUUCUAUUCCUGGGUGAUAAAGGUGCUGUCUGUAUUAUAUUAGAAUUACACAUCUGAAUCAUUUUAGAAUUACACAAUCUGUUGUUGUCUGUAGCCAUACCAAUCUGUGAUAGACUCUCUCAAGGAAUCCACAGUCAUCAGUAUUUUGUUGCACACUUUGUGUACUUGUUUGUUGUAUAUUUAUCUAUUUUGUGUUUUUACUGAAUUCUUCCAUAUCGCAAAAUAAAUUAUGCCAACUUUCA